UCCUUCCUCAGUUGCUGGGAGGUUUAAAUGGGAUAACCGAUGGGAAAGUGCUUUGAAAACAGGCAGCAUCUCAGGAAGGGGGUGUGAGUUACCUGCUGGUCCACUCCAGCUGCAGGAGCCACCCCAGGACUGAGGUGCGUGCAGAAACCCUGGAGAUGCUGCACCCUUGGUGAUGUUAGAGCAAAAUCUCUGACAGAUUUAGUUGAUGAGCAUGUGUUGGCUUGUCAGUGAGAGAACCAGAGAGAAAAAGGAGCCGAUUCCUGCCCUUCGCGAGGGGAGAGUGUGCAUAUGAGCAGAGAGGGGAAUCUCAGAUGAGGUUGUUCAGCGAGGGGCAGGCCAUGUGAGCAUUCCAGAACCCCAGAGCCAUGGCAUCUGUGGUUCCCCGGCAGGUUAAACCCGGGUCGAGGUGACCCAGGGCUCACUCCCACAGUUCCAGGUGUGGAAGUGAGCAAGUCCAGAGCUGCUUUUUCUCCAGUUGGGAGUAUUUUUCUUUCUGAGUGAGCACGGCCAGUCCCUGGUCAGGGUGGCUUGACAGGGAACCCGGGGAGGAAAGGAUGAUCAGUCAGAGCUGGUGUCCUCGUCUGCUGGGCUUGGCACUACACUCUGGCCCUUUCAGUGGCUUCCUGAGACCCCUCUUGAAGCAAGACCCUGUAAGUCUUGCAGAGGCUCUGAAGACUUACCCUGAUGUGGUGAGGCUUGUCAGGGACUAAUAGAUGUGCGGCCACGUGCAGUGAUGCUUCACUAGGGGGCGCUGUGGGACCCCAGAGGCCACGGCCUGCAGGAGCUGUGGGCGGUGAGGGAGGCAGCUGCCCUGACCCCCACCCACCGCCCUGGCACUCCAGCCCGGAUGAGCAGAUCUGCCUCUUUCCAGAGCCACCAGGGCCUGUUCACCAGACAGCCUGGGGACUCAGGCCCGUCUUGGCUUUCAGGCCCCUUCACUGGCACGGGCUGGGCACAGUUUCCAGGUGUCCAGCAGGUGGCACUGCCAUCAGGGCUAGGGACAGCCAGCGGAUCCUUUGUGCAGCCCAGCAGCCCUGGCUAAGGCCCAGCUGGGCCCAAGCACUCACUCAGGACCGUGGCUGGGCAGGCUCCUUCCUGCAGCCCGUGCUCUUGCAGUGCUGUGCCCUCCGGCUCCAAUAGGCCAGGGGCUGGGGAGCCGACUGUCCCUGCCUCCCCCUCCUCCCUGGGGCUGCUCGGGGUGAAGGUGACAGGUGGGGGAGGCAGGUGGAGAAAUGGGCCAGUGAGCUCAUGGCAAAGGCGCCUGGUGGGGUGGGGGUGGGUGCCCUGUCCUAUAAAGCCCCCAAGGCCCUGUGGCCUGCAGAGGCGGUUACAGACGGCACCAUGGCAGACACUGAGGCCGUGCAGAGGGCCACGGAGCUUAUCGAUCAGCGGCUGGCAGAGGAGGAGGAGAAUGAGAAACUCCGAGGAACCACCCAUGGAAGGAAGCUGCCCAUGGACAAGCUGGUGUUGGAGGAUGAGAAGAAGCACGGAGCUCAGAGUCCGGCCUUACAAAAGGUUAAGGGCCAAGAGCGCGUGCGCAAGACAUCCUUAGACCUGCGGCGGGAGAUCAUCGAUGUGGGCGGGAUCCAGAACCUCAUCGAGCUGCGGAAAAAAAGAAAGCAGAAGAAGCGAGAAGCCCUGGCCGCCCCACAGGAGCCGCCUCCGGAGCCCGAGGAGAUCACUGGCCCUGUGGACGGAGAGACAUUCCUGAAAGCCGCUGUAGAGGGCAAAAUGAAGGUCAUUGAGAAGUUCCUGGCCGACGGGGGCUCCGCGGACACCUGCGAUCAGUUCCGUCGCACAGCACUGCACCGAGCUUCCUUGGAGGGCCACAUGGAGAUCCUGGAGAAGCUUCUGGAGAGUGGGGCCACUGUGGAUUUCCAGGAUCGGCUGGACUGCACAGCCAUGCACUGGGCCUGCCGCGGGGGCCACUUGGAGGUGGUGAAACUCCUGCAAAACCGAGGGGCAGACAGCAAUGUGAGGGAUAAGGCCCUUCGAGACCACCGUCUGGAGACAGGAGCAGGAAGAGCAGACGAGAAGGGAGGAGAAGUGAUCCACUAUCUUGGAGGCUCUGGGACCACCCCGAAGAUGCAGGAUUUGUUCAUCCAUGCAAUCCUUCAUCAUCCUUCUAUCUGUCUGUCUGUCCAUCCAUCCAUCCAUUCAUCUAUCCAUUCACUUAUUCAUUCGUUCACUUAUUUAUUCAUCCACAAUUUUUCUUCAUUUGUUCCUUUAUAUGUAACCUUGAACAAGUGACAGCCUCUGAGCCUCUAUUGCUCAUCUGUAAAAUGUCUUACAGAGAAUAGAUUAGAUGGGAAAAUGUAUGUAAAAUAACUAUUUAUUCAACAUAAGGCUAAUGUUUUGUGAGCUUUUGCCGUGCCCAUCACAUAGUCAUCUCUCCAUAAAUAGCAUCUAUUAUAAUUAUUAAAAGAAGGACAGAAGAGUAAGCAGUUGCUCGCAGCUGAGUGAGAGGGGACUCAUAGAAGGCUUCCCAGCAGAGGUGGCAUAUAAAUGCUUCAGAGUUAGACUAUUGGAUAGGAUGGUGGGGAACUGUAGCAUUCCCUGCCCCUCCAGGGCUCAGGCCUUGGCACAAGGACUGGGGGAGGGAUUAGGCUAGAGUUAAGACAGCCUCCCUCCCAGAGGCACCACAGUCCAGGCCCCUUCAGCCAGCAGUUCCUGCUUCCUCCUC